AUGAACAUCCCGUCGUUACUUGGUGACGGUAAGGGCAACUAUAGAGUACAUGUUGUGGGCAAUAGUGGUGCGCCCGUCAUUUGCUCGUGGCCUCAUUGCUCAUUGAUUCAUGGGUACCUGGCAGGAGUUGGCAAGUCAACCGUCAGCGCGUACAUUGCCACUAAACUCAAUAUACCACAUAUUUCCGUGGACGCACUUUUUUGGCGACCCGGGUGGGCAACCUCUUCAGAUGACGAGUUCAAGGAAAGAAUUUCUGCUGCAAUGUCACAGAACUCACAAGGAUGGGUCAUCGACGGCAACGGCGGCCGCAGCAACGCGCUCAUCUCGGAUCAUGCAACGGAUGUUAUUUGGCUCGACCCCCCUCUAUGGCUCUACUUGCCGCGAAUGAUUUGGCGUACGCUUCUUCGGCUGUUGAACAUAAUCCCAACCUGCGCGGAAGGGUGCCGCGAAACUUGGGGAGAGGCCCUAUCCACGAAAGGUAUCAUCUGGUACUGCAUUACGCACCAUGGAUAUUGCAGACACAAGUUCGGCGAAAUGCUCGUUCGUAGCUCGAUUGCAAAAGGAGGAAAUAUGAGGCGCCUUAAUGAGUGGGACGGCGAUUUGACGAUGUGGAAGGCUGGACUCGAGGAGAUGCUGCGUACGCACUAAUGAGUAUAUUCGAUUAGCUCAUAAUGACAAGGUUACCAUCAUGAGAUCUUACUCAUUCAUUAUUAAAAAGGGACUGACUUUUGAUUGGCGACUGUUAGCAUUUCGGCUCUCUAUCUUUUGGAAACCAUGUUACCAUUCAAUUGACGUUAUUUAGUAAAGGUUCAAGUUGGACCCCGCUAAAUCUGACUGUGACGGAGGAAGGUAUGAAUAUUUUCUUAUUGUAUCCUCUGCCAACCCUAGCCUGAGUACCCGCGAAUACUGCCAUCUUUUUGAAUUAUGGAGUCCUGCUUCCGCUCCUUACCGGAAUCCAGUGCAACCUAUGAAUUUAGGUUGGUGUCCGUCGUCGCUAGGAUUCGGAGCACCUAGCUCUAGACUCGCAGGACAGUACAGGAUAGAUAUGUGUGAGGACAGUGAACUUUUGACUUUCAAAUGACG